AUGGACACCAACUUGGAAGAUGUUCAAAGCCGCGUGUUUUGGGAUGUAGUGCGUCUACAUCUUAUCAACGACACAGGCUUCAAUUUGGUUCCAUCCAAGCAGGACUUGCCGCAUUUUCUUGCUUGCACCUUCAAGAAACAGCCAGAUACUAUCCUCCCUGGACGCAGAAGUUAUUUCGAGAUAUCCAUCUCAGGCGGUAGGGAGGGCGGAAAAGAGCCGUCAUCGCUAUUUUUCAUAUUCCUUAUUGGAGAUACAGGAAAAAAGCUUGCCGUUUGGGUCUGGAUGCAUCCAAGACAGUGUGCCGCGGAAGUCAAAACUACCGUAGUCGAUAAUGUAGACGGUUUUGGAAUGGACUUGCUUGAGAAGUUGUCUCAAGAUGUCGUGACGGCCGACGAUGUUGGAUUGGCAGGUCAGCUCUACUGCCAGCUGGAGUACAAUAAUGAGGACCGUCGAGUUGGGAGGUUCUCUCGUGGAUGCGAUGAGACUCUUGAACAAUACUGGGAGGCCAGUGCACCUGAAGCCCAUAUCCUGAUCCGUGACUUUGUGCGAUCUCAGGAACGUCUUCUUGCCGCCGAGGAGGACGAGAAGAGUGGCAAAGUGGCAAACUAUAUGAUUGCAGCCGGAAUAGGGCAAGGCGUGGGACAAUCAGUCCAUGAGAACAUCACCCUUGCCGCCCUCAUCCAAGCAGGGAUUGUCCCUUCUGGAAUGACUUACCGUGACGUCGUGGGCUACUUUCUAAGUAUCAAAGAGCCAGCCAUCUUCGAAUUCUUCCGGGGGGUGAUCUGGAACGACGACCCGGCAUGCCAGCUUUUUAAAGAUGACAAGAACAACAAUGGCAACUUCGCAUUCGGUGUUGAAUGGUUCUUCAACUUUUCCAUGGAGUGGCUGUUCGCGAAGAACAAUAUCAUUUGGCGCUCUCACUAUGGAGACCUCCAAUUCCUCCAUGCCAUGGGAACGCAGAAGGGGGAAAAGCCGGAAGUUACCAAGAGUAAGAUCAUGCGAUGGUUGGAGGUCAUGUACAAGCUUUCGGUGGAGGACGGAAUCUACCCUCAUGACCCGAUCAAUCGGUACUUGGGCGAUUUGUUCCCCGACAAUGGUGAGCCCAAGGGUACUGACAGCCUGCGCCAGCUUUUGAUGGGCUCAACUCCGUCGUACACGGACCCCAUCAUCAGUCGCAGAGCAUUGGGAAGUUGCUUCCAUCUCAUCCAGGAUUCCUACGCCCUGGGCCACUGUCAGAGAGACCCGAUCAACCUCGAAAACAAGCUUCCAAAGGCAGAUCGCAGAUCAUUGUUUAAAAAGGUGUCGGACUUUUUUUCGCCGGUACCGCCGAUUCUGGAACCAGAUCUAGUUAUGUUUCCAAAGGGAACCCCUGGGCGUUUCUCUCACAUCCGAAACUUUCACUGCUACCACGGACAGUCUAAAGACGAUCACAGUCAUUACGAUCAAGUUAUGAGCAGAGCUGAUCUCGAGCCUUCUGAUCUCUCAAGCUUUGACUGCUUGAACGGAGCAAGAGAUGCCAUCGACAAAUGUACCAGGCUCGCACAGUUCUGGAACAACAAGACUAAAUGGGACGCCGGAGUUCGUAAAUUCUUAAAAGAUGAUGUUUUCAAGAUACAAGAUGCGACUGACAGUGACACCAACGUCGACGGUCACUUGAAGUGA